AUGGACUUGUUUCGAGGCGCCGUAUCUCUACUCUACAGACGAAAUCUGGUGCUACAGCAGUUGGAGGUGAGGUGGCGAGUCCUCCAGACGGCAGGCGGGUUCAUCAGCCGUCGCUACGGAGCCGUAUCUACGGCUGCAGUGAUUGUGCUGUUACUGGACCUCGCCCUGGGCUGGACCGCCGCGUGGCUCUGGAAACACUACAAUGCCGGGGGAAUACUGGAGCACGGCGUCGCUCGCUACACGCUCUCGAGUCUGCGAGUGACGCGAGGGCUCCUGGACUGGGUUAUGGGUGCUCCAGCCGGUCUGAAACUGAACACUCCGCUGAGUCUGUUCCUUGGCUCUCGCUGUCUCUAUCUCCUGAGACUGUGGGAGAUCUUCUACCGCGAUUUCCUCUCCUUCUACCUUCCUCUCCUCAUCCCCCUUCUCCCUGCACUCACCUCAACGCUGGGCCUGUCUCUUUCCCUCUCCCUCCUUCACGACUUCUUCAAAUUUCUCAACCUUUGCCACAUCUGUUUCUUCGUUUUUUCCUCUCGUCUCCUAAAACUACAGUUAUCAGCUCUUCUGUCUCUAUCACGCCUCUUUCGCGGCAAGAAAUGGAACGUUUUACGUCAGCGAGUCGACUCCUGCGAUUACGACACUAAUCAGUUGUUGCUAGGGACGAUUGUAUUCACAGCCCUUCUGUUCCUGUUGCCAACGACAACAGUGUUUGCAGUCCUGUUCCUCUCCCUUAGAGUACUGCAGUGGACGGUGCAGUUGAUGCUCCGAGUGCUGGUGGUGGGCAUUAAUUGGACCACCUUCACCUUCUUCAAUACACUAGAGAGAUUUGGACGAGAGGAACCGCUGUUGAAGCUGAGAAUGAAGGAGAGGGAGGGAAGGAGGGAGUUGGUAUGGAGAGGGAAGAGGUGGAAGUUAGAGAUUUACUAG